AUGAUCACAGACAUGUUGCUUGUCAUCUUUGCCAACAUGCUGGGCAUGUCGCUCUCUUUGUCUGUUGUUCUCUCUCACUACAUGGCUGUCAACAACCUCAAGGAGGAGGAAUGA